GUGAAAAACUGAUUUUUUUAGCAUCUACAGUUGUGUUGAUUCAUUAGUGUACUAUCUAGCAACCUAUAACUGCCUAAGCGGUAUCCUUCACCAUGGACGUGAAGUCUUUCCUUCAUUCUUGGUGCGCCAAGAAAACUCUCAACCCGACUUUCGACGUCCGUGCCACAGGGCCGAAACAUCGUCAACGCUUCCUCUGCGAAGUCCGUGUGGAUGGCAUUUCUUACGUCGGCGCCGGUAACUCGACCACCAAGAAAGAUGCCCAGAUGAACGCAUCCAAGGACUUUGUGAAUUUCUUAGUCAGGACUAAUCAGGUGGCUGCCAGUGAAGUGCCCGAAGAGGUGAGAGUGAAGACCGAGGACAAUGGGGGCGCUGGCAACAACGGAAACUUUGGUGGCGGAGCCAGCUACCAGGGACAGGAGCCCCAAAUCAGACCUGUUUUCCAAGAAGGCAUGGGUCCCGAAAGCAUGGGCCAAGCGUACCACGCCUACGGAGGUCCCAGCCAGAACUUCACGUACAUGGACCGUCUCCAGCAGCAGAAGAACGUGGAAGAAGCCGAGGACCUGGACGUGAACGCCAGUCUCCAUGGCAACUGGACCAUGGAGAACGCUAAGUCGAAACUUCAUCAGUUCAUGCAGAUGAAUAAGAUCAAUGCGGACUAUGUUUAUAAGGCUGUUGGGCCUGAUCAUACCAGGAGUUUCUGCUGCGAGAUGUCGAUCUACGUCCGUCAACUUGGCCGUAACGUGACGGGCCGAGAAACAGCAUCCAACAAGCAGACUGCCAGCAAAUCGUGCGCUUUGUCUCUGGUGCGACAACUAUACCAUCUUGGAGUUAUUGAAGCUUUCAGCGGGACUCUGAAGAAGGAUAGGUCUAACGAGGGCAAAAUGAAGCCACACCCAGUGGCAAUUAGUCCAGAGCUGGAGCAACAGCUGGAAAGCACUUUACAAGAGCUCGGCAUUGAGCCCGUAAACGUAGACACAGCCGCAAAGCCGGCAGACAGCGACGGGCAACCCACCGGCGUGACUAUACUACAGAUGGACCGCGUUCGAGCCAUGCGCGAGGCGCGCCCAACGCAAGCCGGCGUCGUGUCAUGGUCACCGCCGCAGGCUAAUUGGAACGCUUGGACCGCCUGUAAUAUUGACGAAGGUCCCCUGGCCACUAACUCUCUCGACAACAUCAGUUCCGAUCUCGAGCGCAACCAUCGUGACCUCUGCCAGAACAGUCAACUAUACCAGGAGAGCAUGAAAGAGAGGGAGAAUCUUCCUGUCUACGCCAUGCGAUCCACCAUUAUGGAGGCCAUCAAUGAGAAUCCCGUGAUCAUCAUCAGGGGUAACACCGGCUGCGGGAAGACCACACAAGUAUGUCAGUUCAUUCUGGAUGACUAUAUAGCGAGCGGUCAGGGCGCAUGGGCCAACGUAUGCGUCACCCAGCCACGAAGAAUCUCUGCUGUUAGUGUGGCUGAGAGAGUGGCCUCUGAGCGCUGUGAGGAGCUUGGAAACAGUGUUGGCUAUUCCGUGCGAUUCGAGUCCAUAUUGCCAAGGCCGUACGGUUCAAUAAUGUUCUGCACCGUGGGCGUGCUGUUGAGAAAACUCGAAGGCGGAUUGAGAGGAGUCAGCCAUGUUCUAGUAGAUGAGGUGCACGAGCGAGACGCAGACACCGACUUCGCCCUGAUUCUGUUGCGCGACAUGGCGCAUACAUACCCGGACCUGCGCAUCAUUCUCAUGUCGGCCACUGUUGAUACAACACUCUUUACCAAGUACUUCGGCAACUGUCCCGUUAUUGAGGUCCCUGGACGUACGUUCCCCGUCCGCCAGUAUUUCCUCGAAGACUGCAUCGAGCUGACCAAGUUCGUGCCGCCCGUCGACUCCAGAAAACGGAAGGCGUCAGGGAAAAAGGCUAAUAAGGAGGAUGGAGACGAUGACGAGGAUGAAGGUGUUGGUGUGGACGAGCAGGAGGAAGAUUUGAACAAGAUCGCUCAACUGGGCAGCGAUUACUCACCUCAGACUGCGCAGUCCAUGGCCAAGCUCUCCGAAAAAGAUUUAAGCUUCGAGCUGAUCGAAGCCCUCCUCGUGUACAUCGGCUCGCUGAACAGCGAUGGCGCCGUCCUGGUGUUCCUGCCCGGCUGGAACCUGAUCUUCGCGCUGAUGAAGCACCUCAUGCAGCACAGACUCUUCGGGGAUCAGUCGAGAUACGUGAUCCUGCCGCUGCACAGCCAGAUCCCGCGCGAGGAUCAGAAGAAGGUGUUUGUUACGCCGCCGCCUGGGAUCAUCAAGGUCAUCCUUUCAACGAACAUCGCGGAAACUUCGAUCACCAUCAAUGACGUAGUCUACGUCAUAGACUCGUGCAAAGCCAAGAUGAAACUGUUUACGUCACACAACAACAUGACGUCAUACGCCACCGUGUGGGCCAGCCGGACUAAUUUAGAACAGCGCAAGGGUCGCGCUGGGCGCGUGCGCGCUGGCGUGUGUUUCACGCUGUGCUGCAAGGCUCGCUACGAGCGCCUCGAGGAACACCUGGCAGCUGAGAUGUUCCGCACUCCACUGCACGAGCUCGCUCUCAGCAUCAAGCUCCUCCGCCUCGGCAGCAUAGGCCACUUCCUCUCCAAGGCUCCAGAGCCCCCGCCGCUAGAUGCCGUUAUCGAGGCCGAGGCCAUGCUCCGCGAGUUGGGCUGCCUUGAUGCCAACGACGCGUUGACUCCUUGCGGCACUAUACUGGCUAAGUUGCCUAUUGAGCCCCGGCUCGGCAAGAUGAUGGUGCUGGGCUUCGUGCUGGGCGUGGGCGACGCGCUGACCACGAUGGCGGCCAACUCCACCACGUUCCCGGAGGUGUUCACUGUCGAGGGCCGCCGCCGCCUCAUGCCGCACCAGCGCGCGCUGGCCGGCGACCGCGCCUCCGACCACGUGGCCAUGCUCAACGCCUUCCAGAUGUGGGAGCGAGAGCGCGCUAAGGGCGAGGAGGCGGAGAUGGCGUGGUGCGAGUGGAAGGGGCUGCAGCAGACCACGCUCCGGGUCACCUCCGAGGCCAAAUACCAGCUCAUAAAUAUCCUGACCACCUCAAUAGGGUUCCCGGAGGAGUGCUGCGUGCCCCAACGCUGGAACCCGACCGUACCUGACCCGAUGUUGGACAACGUAAUCGCGCUCAUGGCCAUGGGCCUUUACCCCAACGUCUGUCUGUAUCAGGGGAAACGGAAGGUGUUAACGACGGAAGGCAAGCCGGCCCUUAUCCACAAGACGUCCGUGAACUGCAGCAACUUCGAGCAGAAGUUCCCGUCGCCACUCUUCGUGUUCGGCGAGAAGGUGCGCACUCGCGCCAUCAGUUGCAAGCAAACCACCAUGGUGGCGCCACUGCAUCUGCUCAUGUUCGCCUGCAGGAAGGUUGAGUGGAUCGAGGAAAUGGUGCGCUUGGACAACUGGCUGAACUUCGACAUGUCACCGCGCGUGGCCGCCAUGGUGACGGCGCUGCGGCCCGCCAUAGAGAAACUAGUAGAGCGCGCGGCCGCUGAACCUGAUGCCGCGCUGCAGUUCUCUCCCUCUGAGCAAAAGCUCGUCAACUGCGUAAAGGCCUUAUGCGUGGUCGACGCCGGAGACCACAACAUCCAACGCGAGCAAGGCACCCCCGUAUUCAGACCCGAUGGGGCGAAACGGGGCAACCGCGGCUGGGGCACCAGCGGACCGCGAGCCGGCUUCACCGGAGGCGGCAUUGGGGGCAGGGGCGGCUUCGGGAACAACCAAGGAGGAUUUGGAAACAAUCAAGGAGGAUUUGGAAACAAUCAAGGAGGAUUUGGAAAUAGGGGGUUUGGCGGCGGUUUCAGGGGGAGAGGUGGGUUCCGUGGCGGUUUUAGAGGCAGGGGCCAAUGGUAAAGUGAUUAGACCAUUCCUUAUUAAUU